AUGGCUGCCUGCGGCUCUUUGGGAGUGCUGAGCUGCUUCCGGGGCUGCUGGGGCCUUUGUCAGGCGCGAGCCUUUGGACACCUUUCCCUGAGGAUCCGGCGCCAGGACUUCCAGGCGGAAAGCUUCGGCCUGACUUCGAAGCGCCGAGAUUUCGAGGAGCGCCUGGCGCGGCUGGACAACCCCCGCGUCCGCGAUCUCGCGUGGUCCGUGCUGGGCCCUGGCCUCUGCAGCGACAGAGACGCAACCUGGGGCAGCCACGUCUUCACUGACGAGCGGAUGAAUGCCUUGCUGGGUGAUGUGACGGACGAGCUGCAACGCCUGGAGAGUGAUCCCAAACUCGAGAGGUGGCUGCAAGCGCAUGCGCGCUCUCAGUCGCAGCUGGUGGGUCACUACUACGAGUCCCUGCUGCACUUCGCCUUUGCCGAGCUGGGGCAGAUCACCGUGGCCACCUAUUCGGAGCCCAUUCCCAAGGAGAGGCCUUCAGAGCAAGGAGAGGGCAAAGCUCAAGUCAGGAGGUUCCGGCCACCUCUGAAGUCUUCUGCGGGGGUGGACUUCUUUUGCAACGUCCGGCGGGCCACCUUCGCACCAGGCGGCCAGCUGCAGGUGGACUUCCAGCUGAAGCGUGGCAGGUCCCAAGAUGACCCGCCGCCCCCCGAGUGCGUGCUCCACGUGGACGGCGAAGCUCGGAGGAUGGCCAGCCAUGCGAUGUCGGUGGGCAACGCCAUGGACGGCCAUGCGAUCUUCAACGAUGUCACGGCUGGGUGCACCAUGAACUUCACUUACGCGCCCUCCUUCUCGCAAGUUUCACUGGAGCUGCCAAAGUACAAGGGGCCCGUGCAGGGAGAGGUGGACUACGUUUUAUGGCCGGAUCGCGGCACUGCCCGUUUCUUGCACAUCGAAGCCGCUGUGAAGUUCUACUUGGCGGCCAAAGAUGACGUGCAGGAGUGGGAUGAUUUCAUUGCGCCGAACCCCGUGGACAUUCUGGGCAAGAAGUUGCGGCGGAUGCUCUCCCAUCAGCUCCCCAUGGGUCAGACGGAGCACAUUCGAAACCUCCUGGCGGGAUUGAGCAAGUCGGCUGCCCCACAGAUUUCCAGCUCGCUGUGGAUGAACGGCCGGCUCUUCUUCCAUGCCAGGGGCUCCCUGGCGGCCCUGGCGGAGUUGCCUUCGCUCGCGCCGGGCUGGCACGAGCGAAUCCAGAUGCUCAGCCCAGACCUCGAGGUGGGCUGGUGGUGUUUCCUCAGAGAGCUGGAGGCAGUCCUGCCGGAGAGGCUCUUCUACUUGGUGCUGCGGAAGCCCUACUGGCUGGCACCGUUGCGGGGCUCAGGAGCCCGGCACGUGGACCACGGGGCGCUGCGCAGCAGAGGGCAGCUGCUGAGAGACGCAAAGUCCUGGCGGAGCUUCCAAUAUGGGCUGGGCUUCAGCUGA